AUGUCUAGUAUUAAAAAACGAAAGAGUAAAUACUCUACUGAUUCCAAUUCGACACCAAAUUCUAAUGAGAAUUCUUGUCCUGAAAAUGCUAUUUAUAUUUCUAAUAAUGAAACUAGUAAUGAAACAUUAAGCGAUGAAAAUAUUAGUACAAGCUCUAAUAGCUCUACUGGCAACUUUCAAUCACAUUUAAAUGCUCAUAGAAUUACUAAGCUUACUCAAAUAAAUAGUAUAGCAGCUCAACCAACUAUUGAUGAGAUGUUUCAAAAUGCUGUUAAGCAAAAUCCUCGUCAAAAAGAAUCUAUUGAACAUGCCUUGGUUGAAUGGAUAGUUACAAAUUCUCAGCCCUUUUAUAUCUUGCAAAGUGAAAGCUUUGUUAAACUAAUUCAUACAUUAAAUCCUUAUUAUGAAUUACCUUCCAAUAAACAAAUUAAAGCACAUAUUCAUCAAAGUUACAAUAAUUCAAUUGAAUAUCUCAAAACCCUUCUUGUAACAGAACUCAAAACAUGCAGUUUGACAUGUAACCUGUGGACUGCUCAUUCUAAAAAUAGUUAUUUAGGAAUUACAUGCCAUUUUAUUAAUUCAAAUUAUGAGCUAAAAGAAAUUAUACUUGCAGUUAAAUAUGUCCCAUACUCUCAUGAUGCUAUAACUAUUAAAACUGAGUUAGAGAAUGUAAUCAAUGAUUGGAAUCUUUUCGAAAAAUCACAAGAAAUGCUAAAAGUUUCUAAAGAAAAAAUUAGUAGUGAUGAAAAAAUGUAUUAUCCAACUAUGAGUGAUGAUUCUGAUUCCAAAGCUCGUAAAGAUGCUAAGAAAUUAAAGUCUAUUAUGAUAACUAAAGACGAAUGGAUAGUUCUUGAAGAAUUGACUAUACUCUUAGCACCUUUUGCGAAAUUACUGAAUUUAACUAGUGCAAGUAUUGAAGAAAUUGACUUAAUGGAUGCAUCAGAUGUCUUUGAUAAUAUUGAAGAGGAUAUAGUCGACUUGGAUGAGAAAUUUGCAACAAUUACUAUUGCUAAUGAUAAUGUGAUUAAACUUAAUCAACCCCAAAAUACAGAUGGAUUG